AACAGACCCGGUGAAGUGAUUUAGCGCAUUGAUACAUUGCGACGAUGGAGACGGACUGGAGGGCAAUCGGGACACAAUGUAGCUAACCAACGGGUCAACUAUUAGAGCACGGUUGGCAUUCCAUUAUUUCUUUCCAUAUAUUAUUUAGGCCUUUUGAUUCUUGAAGGAUGUCGGUAGCCGGGUUGAAGAAGCAAUUUCACAAAGCAAGUCAGCUAUUGAGUGAGAAGAUAAUUGGGGCUGAGGGAACAAAGCUGGAUGAAGAGUUUCAAAAAAUGGAAAGGAGAAUUGAUGUGACCCACAAAAUGGUUCUUGAACUUGUGCCCAAAACCACAGAGUACCUCCAGCCAAACCCAGCAUAUAGAGCCAAACUGGGCAUGCUCAACACAGUGUCCAGGAUCCGUGGGCAGGUGAAGGCUGUGGGGUACCCCCAGACUGAGGGAAUGCUGGGAGACUGCAUGUUGCACUACGGCAGAGAACUGGGAGUCGGCUCUGCCUUUGGAUGUGCACUGGCGGACAUUGGGGAAGCCUUGAAACAGAUGGCCAUAGCCAGAGAUUCCCUGGACAUCAGUGUGAAGAACAACUUCAUCGACCCACUGCAGGCACUCCAUGACAGAGAGUUGAGGGAAAUAGGGUACCACCUAAGAAAACUUGAAGGUCGUCGGCUAGACUUUGACUACAAGAAACGACGCAAAGGAAAGAUACCUGACGAGGAGAUCAUGCAGGCGUGGGAGAAGUUUUCGGACUCCAAAGAGCUGGCAGAGAGAAGCAUGUUCGACCUCUUAGAAAGUGAUGCAGAGCAUGUGACUCACCUAUCAGCUUUGAUUGGGGCCGCUCUGGACUAUCACCGCCAGUCUUGCCAAAUCCUGGACAGCCUCAAUCGAAGUCUGCAGGGCAGGCUAGCCAUUGCAAGCAACCGACCAAAGAGGGAGCCCAGGCCCAAAUCUAUUAAAGUUAACACAAUUAACACACAACAAAAUGGAUCUUCCCACAGAUCAUCAGUCAAAUCAGUUAUAUCUUCAGAUGCCCAGAUAAGCCAAGCUGUCAAUGGAAAAAAUUACCAGUACACAAACAUACCUCUAAGACGACAGAGUCCCAUCAUCUGUAACCAUGAUUGUGAGGUUUUCCUAGACCAGCCUUGCUGCCGUGCGCUCUACCGCUUUGUGGCUGAGAAUGAAGGAGAGCUGGGCUUCAAGGAGGGCGACCUCAUCAUCCUCACCAACCAGAUUGAUGACAACUGGUAUGAGGGCAUGAUCAGCGGGGAGUCUGGCUUUUUUCCUAUCAGCUACGUCAAUGUCCUUGUGCCUUUGCCACAGUGAUACCAGGGUAGCACCACAAGCUAUGGGGGCCGGCUAUGAAGUCCUCACCUCAGAGCACUCUCUGGAAAUCUUAUUUUGCAAUGAAUGUCACUCCACUUUCUGAUGUGUUUAUUGACUCAAUUUGUAUUUUUGAGCUUAUCUGUUAGAAGCAUUUCAGGACGGCCUCAUUUGGUCGUACCGUCACUUCUUCCUGGAUCUGUGAAUUCUUAAUUUCACCUUAUUUUCUCAGAGGCCAUAGAGCUAUUGACAUGCAAUGUCUUUGCGUACUCCACAGGUUAAGGCUACACCAUUUCAGACAGUCCUAUGCAAUAUUUUCUCUCUCCCUUGUAAGCCCAUCUUAGUUACAUUUGUCUCCAUUGUGUGCUGUUAGGUGGCCUAAAGCUCACCUUCUGUUACUUUCCCCCUCUGUUGUCUAGUGGUCUUUCCUCAGCAUAAUAAUGGGUCAAUUAGUAGUGUGACACUUUUUAAUUCAGCACACUUUUGUGAUUUCAUGGAACACUUCAGCUGCUUUAUUAAGAUUUGUUUUAAUCUUGGGACUGUUAUUACCAUAUUCAGGGUCAAUAUUCAUGUCUUCAUUUAGCUCUCGAGAACCUAAGGGGGGGUAUACCCAGUUUACAGCUGGAACCUGUUUUGGGUUCUCAGAGGAUUUUACGGACCACAGCUGGCUCCUUGUGAACUACAAUCCCAAUGCUCUUGUUUAUUCCUGACGCUCUGUCGAAAUGCAAAUGCACCACACUUGCGAUACGGUUUUGGAUAUCUUUGGAACUUUUAUAUAAGCGAGAAAUAAUAUUUCAAAUACAAAAGAUACACUUACUGUGCGCAGUUUAGGAAAGUUGUACCUAGUUUUCACACACCAUUGCGACAUCCUCUCACCUUGCACUCACAUUUCCAUUGAACCAUUCCAUAUUGUUUAAAAAAUAAAGCCGGGUGCAAAUUUACUAAACUUUGUACAGUAAGUAUCUUAAAUUACAACCUUUCAUAGAAGCAAUGUUCCAAAUGUUUAUGAAACUGUAUCGUGUGAGGCACAUUUGUGUUUAGACGAGCGUUGGGAAUUCCCCUCAGGCAACAGGCGGCUUUAGGAGUAGACCGUAUAAUUAAGCAAUAAGGCACGGGGUGUAUGUUAUAUGGCCAAUAUACCACGGCUAAGGGCUGUUCUUAGGGACGAAGCAACGUGGUGUGCCUGGAUACAGCCCUUAGCCUUGGUAUAUUGGCCAUAUACCACAGAACCCUGAGGUGCCUUUAUUGCAACUAUAAACUGCUUACCAACAUAAUUAGAGCAGUAUAAUUGUUUUGGGGGGGGUCAUACCUGUGGUAUAUGGUCUUAUAUACCACAGCUGUCAGCCAAUCUCCAUUCAGGGCUCGAACCAUCCAGUUUAGAAUGUUUAAUAUUACUGUCUAUUGAAUGGGCUAGCCUUCGUUGUGGAAGUGUGGAAAGGUCAGGGUUAAGACUUGUCUGCAUAUCAAUUUGAACACGAGAAGAAGAAAUAUCUCUUAUCAAACUCCAUUUGUGAUAUUUAUAGCCGUUUAAUGUUACACUACACUUUAAAGGUGUUUAGACGCGCGUGUGCUUUAUCCACUUAAAUAUGAUCCCUUUAAUAGUUUUUCCACCUUCCACAAACAGUAGAAACACUUGUUGCCUUUACGCACUUUUUAAAAAUGUGUUGCUGUAUAGCCUUGACAAUUAUUGUAUUUGCACACUUAAUUUUUCUUUUAUUAGUAAGGAAAUACACACACAAGGUAUUAAUCACCUCUCAUUUAUAUCCUAUUGUAGGGUCUAGGAAUAAUAUGUUGAACUAGAAAAUAUUUAGCUGUAAGCCAUAUUGUCAGAGAUUUUGUGUCAAUCGCUAUGAAUGAGUACAGAAUGCUGUAAUAUCAAAGUAGUGUACAUUUCUUUCCUAUUGUCAAACGCUUGCUGUUUCACAAAUUGAAAUGAUAGUUAAAUUACAAGAAAUGACACUAAGGAACAAUCAAACCAGUUAUAUGAUCAUUGGAUGUAUUAUCAUCUACGGUAAGUAAAAAAAUAUAAAUGCAACAUGCAGCAUUUUCACUGAGUUACAGUUCAUAUAAGGAAAUAAGCUCGGGUGCAUCCUGUUUCCAUUGAUCAUCAUUGAGAUGUUUCUACAACUUGAUUGGGGUCCACCUGUGGUAAAUUCAAUUGAUUGGACAUAUUUUGAAAAGGCGCACAUCUGUCUAUAUAAGGUCCAACAGUUGACAGUGCAUGUCAGAGCAAAACCAAACCAUGAUGUCAAAGGAAUUGGCCAUAGAUGUCUGAGACAGGAUUGUAUCGGGCGAGCCACAGAUCUGGAUGGGUACAAAAACUUUUCUGCAGCAUUGAAGGUCCCCAAGAACACAGUGGCCUCCAUCAUUCUCAAAUGGAAGAAGUUUGGAAUCACCAAGACUAUAUUAGAGCUGGCUGCACAGCCAAAACAGAGCAACAGGGCGGGGAGGUGACCAAGAACUUUAUGGUCACUGACAGCUCCAGAGUUCCUCUGUGGAGAUGGGAGAACAUCGCUGCAGCACUCCACCCAUAAGGCCUUUUAUGGUAGAGUGGCCAGGUGGAAGCCACCCCUCAGUAAAAGGCACAUGACAGUCCGCUUAGAGUUGACCAAAAGGCACCAAAGCCUGACCAUGAGAAACAAAAUAAAAUUUUUGGGAAAAAGAGGUCUGAAUAUUUUCCAACUCCAUUGUAUCAGUUAUCCUUUUGUGCCGAAUCGACUGCGCUGUUUCAGGUGCAACAUUUAUGGUCAUGUCACAGCAGUUUGUAGGAGGGAGAUUAAGAUGUGGGAAGUGUGUAAUUUCAGUGGAUAAAGUUGUGUGGGGGUGACCAUGUUGCUGGGUAUCGGAAGUGUCCGGUGGGAGAGGCAGGUUGAGAUGGCUAGAGUCAGUAGUGCAGAUGUUGUCCUAUGCCGAGGCAGUGAAGAAAUGAGGGGAUGUGUCAAGGGUGAGGGACCCAGAGAGGAGUAGUAGCUCUGCCAGCACAGAGAAAGAGGCACUGUAUAUCACUUUUCCCACAUUGUUAGGUUACAGCCUUACUCUGAACAAUAUAUUUUUUAAAUGUCCCUCAAUCUACACACAACCAUAAUGAAAGCAAAACAGGUGUAGACACUGCUAAUUUAUUGCAAAUAAAAUGGAAAUAUAUUUACAUAAGUAUUGAGACCCUUGACUCAGUACUUUGUUGAAGCACCUUUGGUAGGGAUUACAACCGUGUCUUGGGUAUGACACUACAAGGUUGGCACACAUGUAUUUGGAGAGUUUCUCUCAAGCUCUGUAAGGUUGGAUGUUGCUGCACAACUAUUUUCAGGUCUCUCCAAAGAUGUUCGAUAAGGUUCAAGUCCGGGCUCUGGCUGUGCCAUUCAGAGACUUGUCCCAAAGCCUCCUUUGCCCCAGUCUGAGGUCCUGAGCAGGUUUUCAUCAAGUAUCUCUGUACUUUGCUCCGUUCAUCUUUCCCUCGAUCCUGACUAGUCUCACAUUCCCCCAACAUGCUUCACUGUAGGGAUGAUGCCAGGUUUCCUCCAGACGUGACGCUCCGCAUUCAGGCCAAAUCGUUCAAUCUUGGUUUCAUCAGACUAGAGAAUCUUGUUUCUCAUGGUCAGAGUCCUUUAGGUGCCUUUUGGCAAACUCCAAGCGACCUGUCUUGACUUUUACUGAGGAGUGGCUUCUGUCUGGCCACUAACAUAAAGGCCUGAUUGGUGGAGUGCUGCAGAGUUGUUUGUCCUUCUGGAAGGUUUUCCCAUCUCCACAGAGGAACUCUGAAGUCUUGGUGGUUCCAAACUGCUCCCAUUUAAGAAUGAUUGGGGCCACCGUGUUCUUGGGGACCUUCAAUGCUGCAGACAUUUUUUGGUACCCUUCCCAAGAUCUGUGCCUCAACACAAUCCUGUCUUGGAGCUCUACGGACAAUUCCUUCAACCUCAUGGCUUGGUUUUUGCUCUGAAUUGCACUGUCAACUGUGGGCCUUAUAUAGACAUGUGUGGACCUUUCCAACUCGUGUCCAAUCAAUUCAGUGGACCACAGGUGGACUCCAAGUCAUAGAAGCAUCUCAAGGAUGAUCAAUGGAAACAGGAAACAGCUCAAUUUCGAGUCUCAUGGAAAAGGGUUUGAAUACUUAUGUAAAUAAGGUAUGUGUUAUUAUUAUUUUGAAUACAUUUGCAAAAAAAAUCUAUUUUUGCUUUGUCAUUAAGGGGUAUGGUGUGCAGAUUGCUGAGGAUUUUUAUUUAUUUAAUCAAUUUUAGAAUAAGGCUGUAACAACAAAAUGUGGAAAAAGUCAAUGGGUCUGAAUACUUUUCGAAUGCACUAUAUGCUUCAGUAAGGCUGGCUUCUUGGCGUUCAUAGCAAUGGUUACCAACUGUAUCGCAGAAAUGGAACGUAAAUCACAGAAAAUAAAUGUGAUGGCAGCUGCAGAAAAGUAUUUGGAUAUACAAGAUUUUACUUCAGAAGAGUUACAGGGUGUGUUGAGUGGUGGUGUCCUGUCCUCCCAGGUGUUGGUAUGGUGCAGGAGCAGAUGGGGUAGUGGGUUUUUAAGGAGUGUAUAAGGUUAGUUGGUAGGGUAAUUAAAAAUAUAUUUUUAUUGUU